AUGAAGUUUGCCUAUUUGCUGUUGUUCACUCUAAGUGCAGCUUUGAGAGAUUCGCCCCGAGAAACUUUGGCAUCAGAUGUCUUGCUCCACCCUCCACCGGUCUUAAAUUUGGCUGGGGUGUCAGAGACUUCCAGAACACUCGUCGACUAUCGUCAGAAAAGCUCACAGGAUACCCGCACCAACAAUCACCAUGCGCGUGAGCGUCACUAUACGUUCAACAUUACCCGUGAAUAUGCCGCACCAGAUGGCGUCAACGCUAGCCUCCUGCUAGUGAAUGGUCAUUUUCCUGGACCAACGAUACGAGCAAACCUAGGUGAUGUCUUUGUAGUCAAAGUCAACAAUCGCAUUACAGGCCCGGAGACGGGCACAGCUAUUCAUUGGCAUGGUCUCCUUCAAAAGGACUCCAUAUUCAUGGAUGGUGUACCCUCAGUAUCCAUGUGUCCAAUUCCUCCUGGAGAGUCUUUCACCUACCGCUUUAUAGCAGAUCGGGUAGGAAGUAGCUGGUGGCACUCUCAUUUCUCAGGACAGUUGGUUGGUGGUUUAUUUGGAGGUAUAAUUAUUGACGGACCUUCAAACUUCGAUUACGAUAUAGAUAUAGGUCUUGUCAUGAUAAGUGAGCGAUAUCAUAGAGAUUACCGUGAAUUAAUCGACGCGACAAUGCAGGCGAGAGUUGUUCAAAGCGAUAAUAAUCUGAUAAAUGGCAAGAUGCCAUUCGAUUGCUCGAAAACAAAUCUCACGUGUUCUUCGGCAGUGAAAGUUUCGACCUUCGACCGAUUUCGCAGCGGAAAGAUUCAUUUACUUCGUAUAGUGAACUCAGGUGCAGAGCCUUUCGAACACUUUUCUAUUGACGGACACAUGUUGACAGUUGUCGCUCUUGACUUCGUUCAAGUCGAUCCGUUUGUUACGGAUGUUGUCAGCCUAUCGCCAGGUCAGAGAGUAGAAGUGCUAGUCAAUGGUACUGGGGAGCCUGGGGACAGCUAUUGGAUGCGUGCAACCGCAGACAGAAGUUGUUCUACAGUCAAACAGCCUUUCGCACUUGCUGCCAUAUACUACGAAGGUGCAGAUUGUAGUGUUGAGCCCUCGAGUACACCGACAAACCGCACUCUCAAUGCAUGUAACACUACCGAAUUGAACAAGGCAACCCCCUUCGAACAUGAUAGCCCAGAGACUACGCCUUCCUACACGCAGCACUACGACUUUACCUUCGGGGCCAACGCUACUGGCACCAGGUUAUUUUUUACUAACAAUCGAACAUUUCGUGCUGACUUCAACAAUGCGUUACUAGAGCAGGCUGCAGAUCCGGUCUUCAGCUUAGCUCAAGCUCCUCCGCAAUCUGUUCUUGACGACUUCAGCUACAACACGUCUUUGAGAAUCGUCAUGCGUAACUUUUGGCCACGUCCACAUCCUAUGCAUUUGCAUGGCCACGAUUUCUCGAUACUGGCAGAAGGUAUUGGAACCUGGAAUGGGUCCGUACGGACAGAUAAUCCACUUCGACGGGAUACUCAUCAGAUGUUGGCAGCAUACAGCACUAAUAACAUGCUGAACGGAACCAUCACGCCAAGCUAUCUGGUCAUUCAAUUUCGGUUGGAUAAUCCAGGAAUCUGGCCAUUCCACUGCCACAUUUUCACGCAUCUGGCGCUAGGCAUGUACGUCAACAUCGCUUAUGGCAAGAAACAGAUCGAGCAACAGACAGUACCUAGCAGUGUGCAUGAUGUUUGCGUCAUAUGGCGCGAAUAUGCAAGAACACAUUUAGUCGAUCAACCGGAUUCUGGCUUGAGGCUAUUUUAG